AAAGGGAAAAAGAGUGACUUUGGUUUUACUUAUUCCUCUUUAAUUCUUUUCUUAAACUGGUUGUAAAGGAUGGUAAAAUAAAAAAUAAAGAGUGGAUUACAUUAAUUUUUUUUGAAGUACUUACCAGGACGAGAAUAAGAAUUUGCAUGUCAAAUUUAUUAAAUAUUAACUGUGAUUGCAUAAACAAUUAAAUUAAAGCUCAGCUCGGUUCUCCGUCAAUUUAUUUCUUGCUUCUUUGGCUUCCUUCAAAAUCAGUUGCCUAACUGAUUGGGUAAGAAUCCAAUUCUAAGGGACUUUUUCAGUGCACAAGUAAUCAAGAAUUCUACGAUUACAACCAUGACCAAUAUAUAUAAUGGAAGUAACCAAUGUUACAAAUAUCGAAUACAAAAAGAAAAAAAAAAGAUUGUCUUUGGUCACCAAAAAGAAAUUGAGCGACAUGGCUUUGUCUGCUUUAUCCUCUGCUACCUCGAGGAUUGGUGAUUUGCUGACUGAAGAAGCGAAGUUCUUGUGGGGCGUGGAGGAGCAAGUUGAGCGGUUGCAAACGGAGCUGAGAUGGAUGCAAAGCUUCUUGAGUUUAAAAGAUGCAGAUGCGCGACAAGGUGAGGAUGAAAGGAUACGAAUGUGGGUUUCUGAAAUUAGAGAACUUGCUUAUGAUGCUGAGGACGUGGUCGAGGCUUUCGCUCUCAAAAUUGGAUCCAGAAGGAAAGGAGGUUUCUCCAAUGCCAUCAAAAGAUAUGCUUGCAUCUUGAAAGAGGGACGGUUGCUCCACCAAACCAGGUCAAAGAUAGAGAAGAUCAUAGCAAGAAUCACUGACUUAACACGACGAUUGCAGACUUAUGGCAUCAAAGAAUUAAGAGACAGAGAAGGUUCAAGUUAUUCUAAUGUCAGGCGAGAGUCAAGGCGGCCUUAUCCUCAUAUUAUGGAACAUAACAUUGUUGGCUUCAACAAUGAAAUUAAGGAAUUGGUCUCUGUUGUUGUCGAUGAUGAGGAAAAUAGUCAUCAGAUUGUGGCUAUAUGUGGCAUGGGUGGCUUGGGCAAGACCACUCUUGCUAAAAAGGUUUACAAUCAUAGCCAGGUUCGAGAUCAUUUUAAUCACUUUGCUUGGGUCUAUGUUUCUCAGCAAUUCCGAAAAAAGGCUGUAUGGAAAGAAAUUCUAUCCAGCUGUAAAAAGACGUUAAAGGAGGACAAGAACAGGGAUGAAAAAUUUGCAAAGGAGUUGUGUAACUUCUUGGAGCAUAACAAAUGCCUGGUAAUAUUUGACGAUAUCUGGAGCAUUGAAGCUUGGGAUAGUUUAAAAGCUGCGUUCCCAUGGAAAGAGAGCAAGACAAGUAGCAAGAUAUUGCUCACCUCGCGCAAUACACAGGUAGCUUCAGACGCAGGUGGAGUACGUUACCUUCUUGUAUUGAAGUGUUUAGAAGAAAAAGACGGUUGGGAAUUGCUUCAAAGGACUGCAUUUCCUGACGGAGAUUUUCCAGAUUUUGGACUUGAUGGAAAAAAGGAAGAGCUAGGGAAAGACAUGGUUGAACAUUGUGGAGGGUUGCCAUUAGCCAUCAUUGUGUUGGGGAGAAUUUUGGCUACAAAGAAUAAUUCAUUCGAUGUAUGGCAAAAAGUGUCAGAAGAUGUUAAGUCAUAUUUGAAGCGAGGCAAAGACCAACGUCCAGAGGAUGUCUUAGCCUUAAGCUAUGAUGAUUUGCCACCCUAUUUAAGACCAUGUUUCCUUUAUUUAAGCCAUUUUCCGGAGGAUUAUGAGAUAUCUGUGGCUAGAUUGAUUCAAUUAUGGAUUGCUGAAGGUAUUGUUUCAUCAAAGCAAAAAGAAGAAAAUGGAGGGAAAAUACUAGAAGAUGAGGCAGAAUGUUACUUAAAUGAGCUUGUAGAAAGGUGCAUGAUUCAAGUACGAGAAAGAGAUGAGGCAACCUUAAAGAUCAAAACUGUUCAGAUGCAUGAUCUCAUGAGAGAACUUUGCUUGUCAAAGGCAAAACAAGAAAAUUUCCUAUUCAUUAUGGAAAAGUCAAUUUCAUAUCCACAAGGCAAUAAUGUUCUGUCAUCUACAAUUAGUAGAGUUCGAAGAGUUACCGCCCAUCAUUUUCUUCGGAUUCAGCGCAUUAAAAGUCCCCAUCUUCGAUCACUUUUGAUUUUCGAUGAAUUCAUUUCAGAAGAAUCACUUAGAUGGCAUUUGCCUCUGACAAUGAAGAAUUACAUCGACAACCACGAAAACGACAAUCGCAAUCCACUGUAUUAUAUCGUGCUGCUUCUGGGAUUGUUUCUACUAUUGCCUAAAAUAAGGGAAAUUUGGACAUACAUGUUCGACAAGUUUAAAUUGCUUAGAGUCCUAGACUUUGAAGGACAUGGUGGUUUUGCAGGACGCAAGUUUCCCAGUGAUGUAGUUGAUCUCAUCCAUCUGAGAUUCUUGAGUCUAAGAGAUCUUCAAUUCUGUAGGUCAAAGGUGCCAUCAUCUCUAGGCAAUCUUCGGUGCUUGCAAACCUUGGAUUUAAGGUUUAAAGGAGGAUUCUUUGAUUCUAUUCAUGUCCCUAAUGUGAUAUGGAGGAUGGAACAACUAAGACAUUUGUAUCUCCCUCAGAAAUGUAAACGUAGAACAAAGUUGAAGUUGGGCACUUUGAGAAACCUUCAAACACUAGUGAACUUCAACACCAAGAGUUGUUAUGUAAACGAUCUUCUCAACUUGACAAAUCUCAGGGAGUUGGAGAUUCGUGGGCCCUUCAAUAUUGAAGAUUUUAAGGUGGAUUCGGACAAUCCCGCGAUCAUUGGAAGUAAAUGUCUCCAAUCCUUAUCUAUUUUCCAUGAAAGAAAAGAUUCAAGACAUUUUGCACUCCUCCUUUCGAGUUGUGUUUGUAAGUUGAGUUUAUAUGAGGAUAUAGGGAAGUUACCAGAGUACCACCACUUUUCUAAAGAUAUUACUUACAUCUACUUUUACCGUUCCAAUCUUGAAGAAGAUCCAAUGCCAACGCUGGAGAAGCUGCCCAAAUUAAGGAUUCUCAAAUUCAGUCAUUUAGCUUUCAAAGGGAAGGAAAUGAUUUGCUCUGCAGUAGGUUUUCCCAGACUUGAUUCUCUGAGCCUAGUUUACCUUCCCAAUUUGGAGGAGUGGAAGGUGGAUCAAGGAGCCAUGCCUGCUCUACGGUUUUUGGAGAUUGCACACUGCAGAAAAAUGAAGAUGCUUCCAGAUGGAUUGAGUUUCAUUAUAACCCUCCAGAAAUUGGCAAUUGAAAGUAUGCCAAAGGCAUUCAUAGAUAAAGUGGGGAAAGGAGGAGAAGAUUUUUAUAAGUUCCAACAUGUUCCUUCUAUCACAUUUCAAAAUUGUGAUGAUGUCUCCCCUAUUGUGCUUAAUAAAAAAUUGCCAUUAAUCUUAUCAAUUCGAGAACAAACUAAUGAAGUCAAUAAGGCUAUUUGUAUUGUAUAA